CUCACACCACGCGCGUCGCGCGCACACACUGCAGAAGUAUUGAAAGAUACUAUGUCUCCCAUCGUCAAAGAAGUCACGCCGCUCCUCGAGAGGAAGCCGGCACGCAAAUGGCCCAUCGUCACAGCCGUUGCCUCCGUGGCCAUCGUAGGCACGCUCGGUGCUAUCCUUGUUUUCUCUCGAACGAACACGUUUCAAUCCAACUCCGCCUCCGCACUCGGACUCACUCCGGCUGAAGUCGAAGCCCAAUACGUCGCAAUGGAAAACGCGGGUCCAGACUUCAACUGGAAACCUUGUGGGGUCUGCCCAACACCUUCAGACAUCUUGUCGUGCCCGCCGUGCAUGAUUGGUGGGCUCCGAGGACGGUGCGUUGACGUGGGAGUGUGCCAGACGACGGAUAUCCAAGUUGUUGGCUCGAAUCCACUCGAUGCUUACGUCCAUACAACCUCGGACGAAGAUGAUGAGAAGUACAUGGAAAUGGAAAAUGCAGGUCCAGAUUUUAAGUGGUACCCUUGCCCGGCAUGUGCUGGUUCACAAGCCGAUGGCCGUUCUACUUGCGCGCCGUGCUUGAACGAUAACGAACGAGGUCGAUGUGGUCCCGCUGUCGGGCAAUGCACAGUCAAUUCAGCGCCAGUCAUGUCAGCGCCUACAUAUGUUCCUCUAGAGUCUCCAAUGCCUGCUCCGCGGCUCAGUGUGGCUCCGUGGGGAAAUCGGCGGAUGUGCGCGACAACAGAAGAGAAGCAGCACGGACACCGCGGCUUGACCGACGGCCAAACCUGCUACCUGGAACAGUGGGGACCUGACGCGUCAGGUGCAUGGGUACGAAUUCGCGAUGCGCGGGGCCGAUGCGUUGAAAUCAAUGAGGACACCCCACCCACAACCCCGGGCAUGUCAACGUCUGCGUCUUACCCAACCAUGGGCAUGUCGUAUGCAUUUUGCUUGGAUGAUCGACGUUGCAAGACCAGGGAACAAAAACAAGCUGGUAUGCCCGGACCUGGCCCAGGUAGGGGCUGCAUGUGGCCUUUCGUCAUGGGGCAACCAGGAAGAUGUGUCGAUUCUCCUUAUGACGAGGCCGUCGGCGGUUACUGCCAGUGGAACAAUCCCCAUUUCACAACGCCCCCUGGGUGCACCGGUCCGAGCUGUACCGGCGCGCGACUCGGAGUUGCCGCGAAAGAAGCCGCCGCCGGUGGCCCCGGCCUUCACGCCGAGAAUUAGCGUGAAUUGACGGUAGUUAAUUCACGCUAGUAAGGGCUGAACCCUUCGGGUUCAUUUCACCCUACCGACCGAAGCGCAAUAAAAAAAAGAGCGCGCCGUCGUGAGGCGGGGCUCGUUUUCGGACGAGCCCUUCCUCUCGAACGGCGUCGCGUAAAAAAUCCAAAAAAAUAACCUGAGAAGAUUAUAGGAGUGAUAGUUACCUUCGAAGGUAUCCAGCAACCCGUUUGUAAUUGACGUCUUUAUCUUCUC